UCAGUCAGUGGGUUCGUACCCAAAUGAGCAACCAUGCUGAAAUACCGGCCUGUCUCACUCUCAUCGUCAAACCACGGAUUCUCCCAACGCAUCUUCAUCUCCCCAGGUGAGUGAUGCCUCUAAAACAUCGUUUACAACCCAUAGUGGGUCAUAUCAGACAACUGAAUUUGCCGUGGUGAGAAUCGAACCCUCAACUUCAGUCAGUUUUGUCAUAGAAGACAGUUAUCAUUAUGGUUUAGUAUGGUGAGCGCAAGAGUUGAAGUUUGUGGCGGCUCUGCGGCUCACGGUGAGCCCACUUAGAUCACCAGGAACGCCUUUACUUUGCUGUCUCUACUUACAUUUACCCACACACCAUAACCGACAUAACAGGUGAGACCAAUCAUGAGAAGCUUUCUCAAAAAAAGUCAAAAGACCAUCAAAACUCAAUAACGAAGCACAAAAAUAGAUAAAUACAUGAGAAAAGGAGACAGUUAUCAUUUCGGUCCUUAUGGAAAUAAGCACUUUUGUUUUAAUAAUAGUAAACAUGUAGUAUGUGUUUAUGAUAAUUCCAUGUUGCGCUGAUUAUCAGGGUGCAUGUGACAAAUACACUGGUAUACUGCAGUGGAGGGCGGAGGAGGUUUAGUCUUUCACAGUUCGCUGACUCAGUGCUCAACGGAGCAGAGAGGACUGUGUUCGAGAACAAAGACAUGGUUUCUGAAAGGAUGGACGUUUGCAUUUUUGUAGCAACAGCAGCAAGGCUGGCAUGUUGCUGAUGGCCCUUUAUCUCGGAUUCACUGGACUUUGUACAUGGUUUUGCAAGGUUUGCUCUAAAAAACAAAAUAUCCCCAAAAAAAAGGAAAGCAGAGGCAGAAAAGACGUAUCCUAGACAUCCUGCUUUAGUACGGCACAAACUGGCUUUCUACAUCAUCUUGGUAACUUCUGAUAAUCUCUAAGCAGCCUCUUGUGGGAUGUAGACAGUACAUGAAAGGUACUGUACAUAUACACAUCCCAUGUAUACAUACACGGUACUUUAUAGUGGACUGAAAAUUGGGUAAACAGUAUCUUCCCACCCGCAGGAGGUUGUUACACAUAUAUAAACGCUACAAAAUGGAAAUAUCUAAAGUUACUCGUUCACACGCCACUUGCUAUUUUCUCACCACUCAUCUUUGUAUGUACCUCUGUGUUGUCCUUUGUGUUCGUCAGUGUGAGGGUCAUCAGGGCUGAUGGGUAGAGGCUGCCAUGCGGGUCAGCACUGGGAUGCUUUGAUCAGAGAAUGUAUUGGUUGUCAGGCGGAAUGCAGGCAACCACAAGUCAUCGCCAGAUGCACCAGUUACUGUGAGUCUGCAUAUUGUAAAGCACAGGCUGGGCACUACUAUGAUAUGCUGCUGAAGAAAUGUGUGAGGUGCGCUGACGUUUGUGGCGGGCAUCCAGCAGAGUGCUCCCAGCACUGCCAGACUCCAACACCCCCUGUGAUCACUAAAAAGCUCCUGGUUCAAGUUACCCCACACGUGCCGACUUCCAGAGGGCUCUUGGUGCCGACAGCCUUGGAAGAUUCCACUAUCCUGCUCUACUCUCUGCUGGCCCUGAGCAUGAUGCUGCUGUUCUCUAGCUUGUCUCUAGCCUUUGCAGUCUUACUGAGGGGAGCCAGGGCCAAAACCUCCAAGCCAGGACCCAAAGGGGCUAACCACCCCCAGCCAGGCCAGGAGGUUGGCCAACCGGGGAAGAGAUCCAAAGAUUUAGUAUCAAAUUCAAACCACACCACAGACCGUGAGCCAUCAUAUGACUCCAGCCCCACUGAGACCUGUGUGUGUGUCCACUGUUUCCCCGAUCUGAAGGCGCUUGGCCAGGGCAACGACAGGCCACUGAGAGCACCUUUCUCAUUCUACCAGCAGGCCGUCCUCCACAAAUCCCCGAUCCAAAAGCGAGGGCCUCUCUGGACUGAGGAGAACCUGUACACCUCUGGACUGGAGGUACAGGAGGAGGCUGAAGUAGUGGGAUGAGGCUCACUUGCCGUCUCACGGGACAAACUGCAAUGGCCAAAUGUGUCCUCAGCUCGCAGGAGAACAUGGUCAGCGUAUUGGAUUCUCAAUCACACUGCGGAUAUUGUCACGGGCCAGUAAAAAAGUAUCACUGAAAAUGAUCAUGCUGCUGACUAGAAGCCAUGCAUGCAUGUCUGGUCUAGUAAUAUUGAAACUACUGCUUCACUGGACUGAACAGCUCUCUCAACAGGGCAGACUAGUGACUACAGGUUAUGGUCACCAACAUGAGAUCAAUGAGGGCCGAGCAGCAUUGGAUUGCCAGCUGUCAUCUACAGAUCACAUCUCCGUAUGAAAUACUUUGAGAAACCCGGUCACAGGAAGACUGUAACUGGGUUGGAGUAGUUGUGGUGGGUAGUCUAGUGCAGGUGUCAGCGAAGAAUUCCUCUGUUAGAGCUUUCAAGUUCAGAAAUGUGUAUGUGCAAAUACUGGAACAAAUAUGUAUGUAUGAAUGUUAAUUGUGUGUACAAUGUUAUGUAAUAUACGUGUGAGGUGAUGGAAGAUUAAGAAUCCCUUUGUACUUGUUUUGCCCACAAUAGUGAAAAAUAAAACCUUGAUAUCAGAAACAUCUGGGGGAGAAGCUGUUCAAAAGUGUUCAAAUUAUCAUCUGUUUUUAAAGAGUCAGUACGGCUGUCCUCAAAGACAGGAAACCAAAGAGAGUCUUAGUCGACUGACACUCGUACGAUUAGUUGAUUUAAUCUACAAAUCUGUAAAACUGAAGUUUCUCCUCAAACAAACACACAAAAGCAUUGCUUUAAAUCUG